AUCUCAGAUCAGAGCAAAUGUCUCCGUCUUCUUCCUCUUUCCGCUACGGUGUUUUCCUGAGCUUCCGUGGAACUGAUACGCGGAGAACCUUUGUAGCUCAUCUGCAUAAAGCUCUUGUUGACAGAGGAAUCGUCACCUUCAAGGACGAUGUGAAGAUCACAACAGGCGAACCUUUCCCCCAUAGAAUCCUCGAAGCUAUAGAAGAUUCAAGUUUUGCAAUCAUAGUCAUCUCUGAGAAUUUCACCUCUUCGAAAUGGUGUUUGAUCGAGCUCCGGACCAUUAUGGAGCUUUGGAGCGGAAACAGACUUCUUGUCUUUCCCAUCUUCUACGGAGUGGAGCCAUCUGAUGUUAGAAAGGAGGAAGGGAGCUUCUGGAAGCCCCUUAAAAGGCACAGGCGUCACCCAUUCGCAGAGGAGGUUCCUAAAUGGAAAGAGGCUCUCACAAAAGUUUCCUACCUCAAUGGAAAGGAUCCUAGAAAAUUCAAGGAUGAUGCUGCAAUGAUUGAAGAUAUUGUUAGUGAAAUUUCGACUAAGUUGGCAUCAAUGCUGCCUAUAGACUCUUUGGAUGUUGUUGGAAUGAUUCCUCACAUGGAGAGGCUGGGUUCUAUGUUGAAUAUUAGAUCAGAGAAGGAGGUUCGUAUGAUUGGCAUUUGGGGAAUGGGUGGCAUAGGCAAAACCACCAUUGCCAAAUAUCUCUCCAACCAAUACUAUGAAAGGUUUUCAGCUCAUUGUUUCAUUGAAGAGGUUUGGAAGAUUUCUAGAACUUAUGGUCUCCUCGGUUUACAGGAGAAAUUUGUUUCUUCUAUCCUCCCUGAUGAAUAUGUCAGGCUCUCGACCAUUGAACACGGACGCCACCAUAUUAAGUCUAGGCUUGGACAUCGAAGAGUGUUUGUUGUACUUGACGAUGUGGACAACGCGGAUCAGAUACGAGCUCUGGCUAAAGAGACUAGCAUGUUUGGCCUAGGAAGCCGAAUCAUCAUAACCACAAGAGACAGAAGCUUGCUGAGAACUUGUGGCGUUAUGGAUGGAGACUUGUAUGAGGUUAGUUGCUUGGAAAGCAACGAGUCUCUCCUCAUGUUUAAACGGUUUGCUUUUGAAGGAGGAACUCCACAUUCUGAUUUGCAUGAACAACUCUCAGUUCAGGCUUCUCAGCUUGCUCAUGGUCUUCCCUUUGCCCUUGAAGCUUUCGGCUUAUGUUUCCGUGGAAAGGACACGAUAAUUGAAUGGGAGAACGAAUUAAGGAAAUUAGGAACAACUCCUCAUGAGAACACCAUGAGAAUCUUGAAGCUUAGCUACAACGACUUGGCUGCAAUAGACAAGAACGUCUUUCUUCAUGUCGCGUGUCUCUUUAAUGGAGACUCCAUCCUGAGUGUCAGAAACCUUUUUGAUAACUUUGAAUUCGGGAUACAAGUGUUGUCCGAGAAGUCUCUCAUCAACAUUUCGCCUGAUGGAUAUCUGAAGAUGCAUGUUUUGGUUGAGCAAAUGGGAAGGCAAAUUGUGCUUCAAGAAUCCAAACGAAGGCCUCAGAAACAAUUAAUAUUGUGGGAUCCUAGGGAAAUUUGUAAAGUACUGAGACAUAACUUGGGGACUGACCAAAUCCAAAGCAUGGUGCUGCACAUGUGUGAGAUGCGCAGAGAGUUGGCUAUAGACUGUGAUAAUUUCUUGCCACUGUACAAUCUCAAGAUUCUGAAGUUCUACAUGCACAUGGAUGAUAAAGACUCCAAACUGCAAUUUUUAGAAACAGGGGAUCUAUUCCCCCCUGACCUUGAACUUAGGUUGCUUCACUGGGAUGCAUAUCCGUUGACGACUCUUCCUUUCGAUCUGGAUCUGGAGUGCCUUGUUGAACUCAAGUUCCGAUACAGCAACCUCGAGAGCCUUUGGGAAGGGACGCCGGUUCUUGGGAACUUGAGGAGACUAGAUGUGACAGGAUCUAAGAAUCUGAGAGCAUUUCCAGAUAUUUCAAUGGCCAAGAAGCUUGAGGAUUUGUUAAUGGAUGAUUGCACGAGGCUAGAUCAGUUUCCAGGGUACAUUGGGAGCUUAUGUAGCCUAGGAAAACUCCAUGCUAUCCACUGUCCCGGUCUUCAGAAUCUCCAUAUUGAUAUUGUGGCAACCACUUCAGGAACGAGAGUUCCGUCUUUUCCUCAAAUACAGUUGAAGUUUCCUAAUGAAGUAGAGCCAGUGCAAUUUCUUACAAAUCUAUCCAUAGAGGGGAAAGUAAAAUUUUGGCUUGGACAGCUAGAAGGAGAUGCAGAUUACUUCUCUUUUGAUUUGGAGAGACAUAUCCCUUAUAAGUUGAUGAUGAGACCACUACAACCCCGUCUCGCGUCAAAUUGCCGUGAUUUUGAUUGCCUCGAGAUCAAGCGGAACAACUACAAUAUAGAGUGCCUACCUUUCAAGUGUCACAGCUUUUCAGACUUCCCUCGUUUGACAAGGUUAAACUUCAUAAACUUGAAACUUGAAGAUAUCCCACCAAGUAUUGGUGAACUGCAGGCUCUGGAGAAGCUGGAUCUCAGUGGAAAUGACUUCAAGUCUUUGCCUAGAACCAUGGAACAACUUUCGAAGUUGAAAUAUCUGGACCUCCAUAACUGCUGCAAACUCGAAGCGUUGCCAUCACUAACUCAACUGGAGACGCUUAUACUUUCCAACUGUAUCAGGCUCCGAACAUUUGUGGAACUGGAAGCUCCUACUCUACCAGAAAAUCAAGGCAUAUACCAUUUACUGGAGCUUGAGAUUGAUAACUGCAAGAAUAUCCAAUCACUUUCACACCAGCUCAGACAUUUCACCAAUUUAAAACAGUUAGACCUCAGCGGACACAAUUUUGAAAGAGUGCCUGCUAGCAUCAAAGAGCUUUCCUCGCUAAGAACUAUUAGCUUGAACAAUUGUAAGAAACUCAAAUCACUGGAAGAGCUUCCAUUGAGCCUUAAAUGUCUCUACGCACGCGGCUGCUGCUCAGUGAAUCAUGUUCCUUAUUCCCGUUACCAUUAUUUAGAGUACAUUGAUUUUUAUUAAUGAUCAAUGCUUCUAUUUAAAGCUAGAUAUUCUUCUAAUCACUUGGUUCCCAACUACCUUACAAGCAUACUGAAAAGGUACCACCAGAAUGUAGCUGCUGUUUCCAAGAAACUGAGUUGCCAGAGGCAUGUACGUUUUUUGUUUAGCUUCCACUUCCAGG